AGUUUAUCUGAGGUUUCAGAAGUGAACCAUCACGGACUACAAUUCCCAGCAACCACUGUGGACGUGACGUGAAACUUGCGCGCCGAUGAGGGAUUGAUCAGCAGCGCAGCGUGAGCAUGGCAACGGCGGAGGGAGUAAAGAAACCUGUGUUGGAAGUGGUGCAGGCAGAAGGAUGUGAUGACUCCAGUGUCACAUUCAUAUUGCACGAUGAGGACCACACUCUUGGGAAUUCCCUACGGUACAUGAUUAUGAAGAACCCAGAGAUAGAAUUUUGUGGCUACAGCAUCACUCAUCCAUCAGAAAGCAAAAUUAACUUUAGAAUCCAAACAAGAGGGGGAAUUCCAUCGGUAGAACCUUUUCGUAGGGGUCUCAAUGAACUCAUGACUGUCUGUCAGCAUGUAUUGAAUACAUUUGAGGACAGUAUAACGGAAUAUAAAGAGCAGCAUAAACAAGAAGCAAUGGAUCAGUUUUGAAACAGCAUACAUAGCACUGUACAUUAAUACAUUUUGAAAAAUAAACAUUAAAAUAAUUGACAUG